AUGGUGCCAAUUUCUUUGGUUUUGUACCCUAAUUUCAAGGAGCUGCGGUCGUUUCUGCAAGAAGGGGUUAACGAAGGGGCGAGAUGGCCCAAGUGGUUAGAGCGCGAAUUUACUGACCGGAAGGUCCGUGGUUCGAACCCGACCUCUGCCUCUCGACUUCCCCUGUCCAGGCUUGAGCAACCUGGAAAUAUCCCAGCCCUCGUGCAACCUUCGGGUGGCAUGGCAGCCAGGCACCAGAAGGACCGAACGGCGCCUACAGUCAAGGUCAAGGAAGGAAAGCGUAAGCAGUUGUACGAUACUAACACCCGAGAUAGAUCAGCGGUUAAGGUGCGAACCUACCGAUCGGUGGCAAGAACCCAACUGCGGCAUCUCGACUGCUGCAGUCUAGGUUUCGGCAACCUGACACUGCCGUGCCACAAGAAGAGGCACGAGAGCUGGGAUACUGCCAGGUUGCUCAAGCCUAGACAGGGGAAGUCAAGAGGCAGAGGUCGGGUUCGAACCACGGACCCUCCGUUCCGUGGUUCGAAUCCGACCUCCGCCACUCGACUUCCCCUGUCUAGGCUUGGGCAACCUGGCAGUAUCCAAGCCCUCGUGCUUCCUUCGGGUGGCGUGGCAGCUAGGCGCCGGAAGGGUGCUAUAGCUGAACGCUUUCUUUCUUUCUUCGAUAGAACAGGGUUUGUACCUCUUGCCCCUCUUGCACAUAGAUGGACAUGCUACGCUAAGAGUGGAAACGUAUCUAAGUUUAGUUCAGAUGGUUUGACCGUACUUUCAUGCUCCCCGAUAGUUAACAGGAAGCCGUUAACUAUGGAAAAAAAUCAUUCAGCUGUAGCAACCUUUCGGUUGCUAGCUGUCAUGCCACACGAAGGGGCUGGCAUACUGCCAGGUUGCCCAAGCAUAGACAGGGGAAGUCGGGAAGCACAGAACGGGUUCGAACGACGGAGCUUCCGGCUUGGGCAACCUGGCAGUAUCCUAGCCCUCGUGCUUCCUUCGGGUGGCAUGGCAGUUAGGCACCGGAAGGGUGCUACAGCUGAACGCUUCAUUUUCCAUCCACCUCGAUGUAUAUGCUUGCCAGCGCGAGGAUUUGCACAAAUGUCUGAUAGUCCUUUGACCUGGGUUCUAGAAGUUGCGUGGACAAACGUCGGUGAAAGGCCAUUCCACGCAGCUACUACCCGAAAUGAAAAAAAAUUUCGCCUAAUAAAUGCGUACGCUCUGAGCUUGGAGAUUUUCUUACCAUGUCCCCGCCGUGUCUGUUGGGUGAACGGUGAAAUCCUGUCGGCCAAGCUUUCUUCAAGGAGGUGA